ACAGCAUACAAUUGGCAUGAGUUAUGGCAACCGUUGAAAGCUUGAUAAGGCAGGCGACUUGUUUAUGCUGCCCUCUUCAAUCCGAUCCUUACAUUCUCCAAGUUGUCCAUUCAUGAUGAUGUCGAGCUUGCAGCACUAACAAUUCAAACUCACACCAGUUGCAACAAUUCCUCGAGCCGAUGGAGGAGAGACUUCCUCUGCUGCCGCGUCGGUCAUCCCCCGCCGCUGUGGCGCACAGCACGCAGAUCUACGGCCAGCGCCACGAGCAUCUGGACGAUAUCGACAAGAGUGGCACUAGUCUUCGCACAUCUAGCAGUGGCAAUGAGGCCUACGACGCCAUCAUGCAGCUCUCGCAGCCGCUCAACCCGCUACAGAACGCCAAGAUCCGCUCGCUCGCCAUCUGGCUCGUCACUUCCUGCAUCCUCUUCCUCACCAACCAGCUCACAACGCUUCCCGUGGGGUUUUACCCAUCCUAUGCCACCAAGAGCGGCAUCAUGACACCUGCUCAGCUCAGCAUCUUCUUCUCCGUUUACCCACUUUGUAUUAUGCUCAGUAGUCCGUUAGCGGCGUCAGUAAGUCCCACAGUCGGACGACAAACGCUCAUCUGUCUCGGACUUAUGCUCAGCGGCUCCAGCACCAUCGCUUUCGGGUAUGCCACCGGAACGUCCUCGGCAUUUCUGCUGCGGAUCUUCCAGGGGUUUGGCUCAGGCGCAGCAGUGGUGGGCUCAUUCUCCAUGAUAUCGGAGGAGUUUUCUUCCCACGUCGGUCAGGUUCUAGCGAUUCAGGAGUUUGUCGUUGCAGCAGCCUUCAUCAGUGCACCGCCGCUUGGAAGCUACUUAUACGAGACGCAGGGGUACGAGAUGCCGUUCUUGGUGUCCGGUGUAGCGCAGAUUGUGGUCGUGAUCAUCGUACCUUUCGUCUUCAUCGAGUACUCGCUCCCAGACGGUAUCUACGCCCCAGCAAGGACUCGACCAGCUUCAGGAUCACUCUACAGGACACCGUCAUUCAGCAUUGUACGAUAUAAGGACGUGUUGACGCCCACCUGCGUGAUCUGCCUCGCUGUGACCACCUUUGCGAUGUCUUCGUUCGGGUUCAUUGACCCGUAUUUGGGCACACAUCUACACAAGGUCUUGGGCGCAGAGCACGUGGCUGUCGGCCUGGGGUUCGCUCUGAGCGCUUUUGUCUACUUUUUGGGAGGUCUUGUGUAUGCGUGGCUGAGUCGGAAUUGCGGCUCUAAGCAGGUUAUUCUGCUGGGCUUGAUGCUUCUUGGCGUCGGUUUCUUCUUCCUCGGACCCCCGCCGUUCCUGAAUGGCCUCUUCCAGAACAUAGAGGGCUUGUGGAUCGCUCAGUAUGCAUCGCUGAUGCUGACUGGCUGCGGCGCAGCACUGACUAUCGCUCCAGGACUACCGCUGACGCUCGCGAGUAUACAAGACAAGGGAAUACUCGGCUCGAACCUCGUGAUCGGACUGUUCGCUGCCGCCAUUUACCUCGGCCAGGCUCUCGGACCGUUCGUGGCGUAUGUGCUCAUGCAGAUGCUGCCAGUCACUCGUUCACUCAACUGCAUCAGCGUACAAGACGACCCAGCGAGCACCAUCGUUACUUGCGAUUCAUCUCUACCCUGGGCCUUCGCCGUGUACUCGGUGCUGACGCUCGGACUAUUCGCUUUUGUGGCGACGCAUUUGCCCACGAGCGAGGCCACCGCCGAGUUGCUGCGACAAAAGAGGAAACGAGUGCCGCUCAUGCGGCAGCCAUCCGAGUAUGGCCAAUUUGUGUGCUUCGAUGACGACGAAAACGUUGCAGAUGGUAUCGACUUCUAAGGCAAAUUGCCAGUUUAAAGUGGCAUGAACAGAAUCGACAAUAUCUUCAAGAGGAACGAUCGGAUUGAGGUGCUCCUUGCGCCACUAGAAAGAGGACGACGGGGGGAGGUUUUUGUGAUGUUUUGGUAACAAAUCGUGCAGUUUCGAGAUCUCUGCGCGAUUGCAUUGGGUUCGACUCUUAGAUCACAUUGCGUAUUUGGAUUUCGGCCAUCCGCGUGCACUUGCUGCUAUUGUACAAAGGCAAGCGCUGACAGCCUUUUGUUCAGUCGUGACUUUGCCGACUGCGUGAUCAGGAAAAAAAACUGAGUAUAGAUAUCGGGGCUAUCGCCAAAAUUCGACAAGUUUUAAAACAAGUGUUUUGGAAAAGUGGCUUUCAUCCGUUGAAGAACAUGUUUGAGUCAAACA